CCAAGACUGCAAGCUUAUUUGGCUCCACAGAGCUGGCUUUCUCUCCACUGCCGGGGGAUGCCGCUAGUGCAGAUGUGCAGCAUCUGCCGGUGACAUCACGGCGUUAUCUCGGCAGGGCGUGGGCAGGGAGCGGCGCGCUGCUCCUCCUCGGCACGGCUCUGAAACCGCCUGGAUUUUCACCUCCUUAGUGAGUAUCAGACAUGGAUGCUUUCCAGACGAUCCUGAAGUUCUUUAUGAACCGGAAAACCGCUAUAGGCUACAGUUUUAUGGCGCUGCUGACAAUGGGAGGUGAACGUGUGUUUUCUCUUGUUGCUUUCAGAUGCCCUUGCAGCAAUGAGAACUUCAGGUACGGUUUGGUAUUUCUCUUCUCGCCAGCUCUUGUUUUGCUAGUUAUUGGAUACUUCUUGAACAGCAAGACCUGGAAACUCUUUACAGGCUGCUGGGUGAAUCCCAGGAAAAUAUUCCCCCGAGGGAAUGUCUGCCAUUUCUUUUACGUCUUUGGCCAAAUCACUUUAAACGCUCUGGUAGCCCCAGUGAUGUGGCUUUCAGUGGCCUUGCUCAACGGGACUUUUUACGAAUGUGCCAUGAGUGGCGUGGAAAAUCCCGCCUACUUACAAGCAGUUUGCCACAGGAAAUCCGAGAAGUGCUUUGAAGAGCUUCACAAGGUAGCCUGUGACAAAAGCUCCCUGCCCUUUUCAGAGAGUGACGAACUGAAAAGAACGCUUCAAGCACAGUCCCAGAUUUUAGGCUGGUGUGUGAUAGUUACCACAGCUCUCCUCUCCCUGAUAACCACUUGCUGUGCCAGCUGCCAGUCAAAAGUCAGCCACCUCCAGCUGAUGUUCUGGAGAGUGUACGAGGGGACAGAGAAGGAGCAACUGGAGCAGAUUUUCCAGCUGUAUGCCACCAAGCUGAGCGAGCGAAACCUGAAGUGCUUUUUUGAAAACAAGGAACCCGAACCCAUUUCCCUGCCAGCUUUCCAGGCAUGGGAAGAUGCUUCCCAGCUCUACUCUUUCAGCAGCAGCAAACAGCAUUAUAGCACAAUUCACAGGCUAGUUGAAGAAGGCCAGAAAGGAAUCAGUGAGGAAAGAGAGACAAUGCUGGACCUUGCGGACAGAAGGGAAGAACCAUAGACCAAGUAUAUUUUCAGCUUUUUUAUAUCUUGUUAAUAUGGCAUACUUCUAGUUGGUUUGGUCUCUAUAUUUUUUCACAAUGGCCUAUUUCUUCUUCAUCAUGUUUCCUCCCAGUUAGAUACUUGCUCCAAAAGGAUGGACUGAAAUUAUUUCCCUACACAAGUGAAAAGGCUGCACCACAGCACCCAGGGUUCAUGUCACUGGCUCAGCAUCAAGAGCUGACAGCACAAAGAAAUGAAUAAUGACUUCUACAAGAGAGUUUUAACAAUAUGCUAUGUAAAAUGUGCUUGUCCUGUGUAAAUCAAGAGACUGUCAACAAGUAAAGUCAUUUAAAGUGUGUGAAUAUAUACAAGAUACAUGUGGCUUUCUGACAGCCCACAGAAAGUACAGGUUUUCUGUCCAGGUCAUUUUCAGGCCAGUUGCAUGCACAGCCUUGUUUUGAGGCACCAGUGAUCCCACAAGGUUUCCCUGUCUUUGGAUAUUUUGCCUCUGUAGAACAUAUCCCUGUUACCUGCUCCCAGUCUAGACUUCUCUUUGUAUGGAUAUAAAGUUCUACUUUUGAGCGAAUUUCAGGUACUGGGUGCAGCCUAUAGUGCUAUGUAAUGUUGUUGUUUCUGGGCCUGCAGCCAGUGUACAAUGAGGGCUUGGAAGGAAAUUCCACUUUUAAAGACAAGAAAAUAUUUUCGCAGAAGACUGACUUUCAUUUUUUUGAAUAUCCUAGGAAAACUUAGUGUCUGGAGCAAGAAGAACCAGCAGGCGAGGCAACUGUGUCAGUUGACACAUUUGUCAGUGCCUCUGAUAAAUGCAUUUCACCCCAGAGCCCUGUGCUUUACCUCACCCACUUGGAAUUGAUAACAUGGCUCUCAGAGUGUUCAGAGUAUUUGCAAAUGUUGUAUAAAAGGAGAACAAACUUACUUUCCCUGGGGUGGCUGGGCAGGCUUUUGUGCAGCAUUUUAUUGCCAGUCUCUCUGAGUCUGCAAAGAAUCAUGCACACUUUUACUGUGCUUGAAUCAUGCUCUUCUCAACAAACCAGGGUAUUCUGCCCAGCUGUUCUCAUACUCAGUGGGCUUCUUCAGCAGGUAAAAGCAUCUAUAUACAGACCAAUACCCUUUAUGAAAUAAAACACAAGAGCUAAUUCAACUACCUGCUUAGAAUUUUCUCCUUAUAUUUCUAAGAACUUAUGACCUUUGAGACGAUGUUUUAAAGUUCUUUUAUCCCAGAUGUCCCACUUAGCAGCACACUUACCACAUGUUAUAUGCUUAAAUAAGCCUGCUGCAGCUGAAAGCACAGAUGCAACACAGCCAAAAUGAAGGUGUCUGACACUGUGACUGGCACAGACACCAAGUAUUUUCUCCCCAGGAUCCUCUCCUGGUAUAGCAUCUACCUACUUCCAGGCUAUGUGACCCUUCCUAUUUGUCUGAUUUUAUCUUUCUUUAAGAGAGCUGCUCCAACAUCUUCUGUCCAGCCCCAUGUCACCACCUCCCUGCAUACAAGGGGAGGCAACACUCCCUAACAGGACAGCCACGCUGCCUGGGUCAAACUUCCUUUUCCAAAACUGUCUCUCCACCUCAUUCCUCAGAAAAUCAAAGCAAAUAGGGAUGCAAUGGGGAGGACAGCAAGUAGGUUAAUGAGCUGAUCAAAGAAAUAUGGGAAACAAGUGGGUUGAUGUAGAGAUAAGGUCUGCAGUGUAAUAUAAUAGCUGGGACACAGAGGCAAAAUCAUAGCUGGUAGAGGGAAGGGUAGAAGGGUUUGGUAUCCUCUUUUCCCUCAGAAGAAAGCUUAGGGCUCUGCACCUGAGUAGCCUGGGCCAUCUGAAACUGCAGCACUUCCCAGCCCUAUCUUCUGCUUUAUUGUGGAGGGGCAAAUCUAAGGUGAAUUUCCCCCUCCUCCUCCUUGCCUGCUUCACAUUUGCAUAUUUUUAACUCAUGUUGAGAGUGUCUCCACCCCCAAGAGCAGCUGCUGAACACAAUGUGUGCCUGGAAGGAGCCCAUCUCUCACUGAUCCUCAUUCCCUGAGGCCUGUGGGACUCUUUUAUCUUACCAAAACUCCUGUGACUUCUUGCAACUUCCACGUGGAUUCUAGAAUACUUCUGUAAAAACAGACUGAAAUAACAGCCAGUUUGACUCUAUGUUUUCAACUGGAAUGUGGGUUUGGCAAAUUUAACUAAGGCCUUCAAAGGGCUAUUGCAAAAGCUACUUUCUAUAAGCAUUGUCCCCAAAUUCAUCAGCUACCAUGGCAGCUAAGAAAGGGACAGACUAUGGUCAACACUGUCCAAAACAAACUGGAGAGAGAGGAAAAAACCCCAACAAAUAAAACCAAACAGCAAGAUCAAUAUUUUCUGCUGGAAAAUUUUGAUUUUGCAUUAAUUCUGAUACUCAUCAAAAUAUGACUGCACAAGAAAACAGGAAACUUCUGUUUAAUUCUCUGUGCUCUGUCUCUCAGUUUAGCCAUUAAAAUUCUCUCAGCUCUUCUUCCACUAUACAUCUGCUGCUCCAUCAAACUUGAAGUUUUUGUUAUAAAAAUAAAGAAUUUUUAACCAUGCUAAGCCCUCAUAUGCUCUCAGUUUAGUUUCAGCUGUACUUUGCAUUAUGGUAUGAUGAAUCUGUCCAAAUUCUAUUGUUAAAAAUUCCUGUGUAAAAGAGAACUAGCAUGGAAACUGUGCAAAAGAAGUAGCUGGUUUGCAAUGGAGCAUCAAAUUAAGGCCAAAUUGCAAAGCUAUAAAGUGAAAAUUGUGAAAAUGCCUUGCAGGAACAAUAAUUUAACUGCACAAAUAUGCAAUUCAAUGAAUAUAAACAAUUUUUUCUUAAAAACAGGCUAUAACUGGAUAGCAACUUCUUUAAAACUACCAUUUAUAGCUUCUCAGAGGUUAAGACAAAGGCCUUUUCAGUCUUUGUGACUCCAAAAGGCUAGAAAAUAAAAUGAAAGAGGUGUUUUAAAACUUGCAUCCCAUAAAUCUGCCUCAUUUUUAUCUAUGAAAUGGAAGAAAAAAGAAUAUCUGUUUAGACAUGUACAUAGGCUUGCCACCAAAAUUAUGCCCAUAUAAAGAAAAAUCUCACUUUUGGAAAUGUUAUUUGCAACUCUGUGACACUAUAUAUUGCUUAAUGAGAAAAUGAGGUCUAUGCAGUCUGAAUUAAAAAUGUAUCACUGCCCUUUUUCAAAGUCUCAGCCAGCAUUCCAUCUCUCUGAAGCAGCAAGAAUAAAAACCAUUAACAUUUUGAUGAUGCUCAAAUACGGUUUAGAACUACUGAAAUAUUUAGGAAGUCACUAUCAGUCCCUCUACGUACUACUGGGGACUUUUCACUACCAAACUUUUCAUGCAUAAGUCAUGAUGCCAAGUAAGUAAGUACAGACUGUUAAAAAAAAUAAAAUCAUUGUUUCAGACAGCAUAAUAGCAAGAUUAAUGAAGGACCAGAAUUAAUCUCCUUAAAAGGGAAAAGGCAGCCAAAAUAAUACUUCUGCUAGCAUACUUCUCAUUCUUAGUAUUUUUUUCAGUCAGUGGUUGGAUAGAGGAAGAUAUAUUAAAGGUCUUUCCAUCUGUUGCUGAUUCCUAACUUCUCUUCUGAACUUUUCUUUACUCUCCACAGUGCAACACUUCAACAUUCUGUUUACUGUCUACCACAGUAGACUGUUCUACUUAGCACAGCAACCUGCUUAUGCAUCUCCCUUUCUCUGCUGAGGUCUGAAAAACAACACUUACCAGCUACAGAAACUCUGCCAGCUUCUGUCAGACCUUCAAACUGGCCAAAUGUCAAUAUACAGGGACCUUGUGUGGCAGCACCUUCCAUGACAAGGGGAAGGACUUGUCCUGCAGUUCUGGACAGGGGGGUGACAUGGUUGGAUUAGCCCAUCCUUUGUUAUCUCCCCCUAGGGAGCUCUCUUCAAAGAGCUCCAGAGAUGUUCAUUUCCUGCCUCCACAGGGCACAAUAAAGCUCACCUCUGCAGCCACUGCUUUUCAGGAACAGAUCUAUCCUUAGGCACAGCUCCGUUUAAUCCAGCAGUGGAGCCUGGGAGCCAGCAACAGCUCUCUGUGCACCAGAGGCUGUGGUCGGGCUGCUUCCACCUAUGGCACACACACAGACAUCUCCUGGUGCUAGAGAAGGUAGCAUAAACAUUAGAUCUAAAACCUGAAGCUGUUCUUUGCAACUCAUUUGAUCAGAUCAAUUACAUCAAGGUCCUUUGGGGAGAAAUUGAAUUAAAAAUUUGAUUUUCUGCGAUUACAGAGAAAAAUUAUCAACCUCAUUUCAAAAGUAAUCCUCAGUUAUACUCAGAUCUAAAUUCUGAAUCCCAUCUUGGACAUUAUUUCUUCAGCUGGGCUUUGUACUUAAUAUCAUUCCUCAAUUGGUUUUCAUUUUUUACCCCAACUGCCAGAAAGCCUAUUUUUACUGUUUCAUCUCUUUUUUGAAUUCAAUCCCAACCGUAACCAUGCCAAGUCACAAGACCAACACGAGAAAUCAGUGAACACCAUGGGAACUCAGUGUAGAAGGGCUCACUUUGGCUCCUCGUCAAAACUUGUUGGCCCUUCUCCAGGCCAGUAUAAGGUAGCAGUAAAGCCCAGGCUUUGCAAUCUAAACUAGUGGUGGAAGUUUUAAGCUCCCAGUCACUGUCUUAGGUGCACCUUUCCUCUGGUAUUUAUUUCUUAAUCUGGGAAACUGGCUUUGUAGUCCUCAUUUUAUGUUUUUUUUUUUUUUUUGCUUCAUCCCUCUCCAUUUCCACAGGGAACACCCACAGCCUGAUUUUGCAGACUUCUUUGUUUUCCAAAGAACUGUAGGAUAACAGCUAUGUUAACAAGAGGUUUGUCUCUAACUACUUUAGUUGCUUAACUGUCAUAAUUACUUUAACUUUGAACUGGUUUUACUCAUCAUCAAACAGACUUAUACCUCUGAAGAACUGGUGCAGUUAAGUAUUUAAUCACUUUCUCCUGACUGGGAGCACUCCUGCUGAAGAGUUAAGGAGAUCAUGUAAGCAGCUUCAUGAUCCUGAACUAAAAACUUUUACUAGAGUAUUUGCAGUUACUUACGGGGUCACUUUACACAUUUUUGUUGGUAUGUGUUUCAGACAAAUGUGCUUGAAGAUUAUUUAAAAAUUGUUUUGCCAGAGAAGUGUGAAAAUGCUGUCCAUAUCACAUUUUGCCUCAGAAAUGUUACACUCCUACUACAGAACUCCUUUUAGUUUGCUAAAAAUAGUCUUUCAAAGGGACAGUGUGUGCUUUAAUGCUUGUUCCAAUCUUUCCAAGUUUUUACUUCUCUUAAUAAGUCUCUUUCUAAGUACAAGCUGCAGAGAAAAAGUGUCUUUUUCAAUUGUUAAUUUCUGACUGUUAAUUUCUGUACUUUACUGUUGAAUACCCUGUAUUAAGAAUGAUGGUUUGACUGUAAUAAUGCAUUUAUAAAGAAGGGAACUAUGAGGAAUAAGACCCAGAAAACCAGGUAUCUGAUAUAUAUGCGAAAAUAAAGUACCAACACCACCCGAAGAAGAAUGCAAAGUGAACAAAAA